CUGAAACUCCACAAAGAUAACAGGAAGCAGUGCUUUUAUUUUGAAAGUCACGUUGGAUGGGCACGCACUGCAGCUGAGUCCUUCACUCUGAAGCAGCUAAGGUCAGCCGGAGUAGGAGUGGACAGAGUCUGUGGAGGAAACCUCAACGUGUACCGCUCCAGCAGAAUGGUGAUGAGGAAGAGAGAGCUGCCAAGUCAUGGAUAGACCGCCACAAUGACACAUGAGACCCUCAAAAGCUCCCAGCUGUCUGUCAAGGCGGCUGCUCUGCGCAUGGUCGACCUGUCGCUGUCCAUGUACUGCUCUCUGGCCCAGGUGAGUGUUAGCACUGGCACCAAGAAGCUGGUGGCAGCCACUGCCUUUGGUGCCAUCUCACUCCUCUACCUCGCUCGCCGCUUCCAGAGGAGGAAGGGCAGGAAGAAGGCUCACUCGCCUCAGUGGGAGCAGGCUGGCUUUGAGUUUUUGUCCUCAGCCCCAGCAGAGAAUGAUAAAGCCAGUCAAAACAACGCUCUCUCCCUCAACUCCAAGAAUGGCUGCUACUCUGCUCUGCUUCUCAACGCAGGAGACUACAGAAAACUGUCCGGGUCUCUGCUAAGCCUGGCCUCUGUACAAAGCAUGAACUCGUCAAACAGUAACACAUGCGCAAAUGAAUCUAUCUGUUGGGACAGAGCGGGGGAAGCUGAUAACUGCAGUGUGCUGAACUUACCUGUUACCACACCUGAAAACCUGUACCUCAUGGGUAUGGAUUUAUUCGAGGAGGCUCUACGGCGGUGGGAGGAAGCGUUAACAUUCAGGAACAGGCAGGGCGAGGAUGAGGCCAGCUGUGCAUCUGUCAAAACGGGAGCUGGAGACGCCAUUGCUGAGCAGAGCAUGGAGGACGUCAUCAGCACAGAGUUCAUCCACAGGCUGAAGUCUCUGUUGCAGAGGGCUUACAGCCUCCAGGAGGAGUUUGAGGGAGUGUUGUGCAUGUCAGAGCCCUCGUCCCACAGCAACACCCAGGAGAAAAUGGCAGACAGAGAGGAGCUGGACGACGCAUGUCUCAGAGACAGUAUGAGCAUUGCCUCCACCGACUCAUUUGUGUCUGCUGCUGAGCUGUCAGAGCACCGAGAGCUGAGGAGCGUCGUCGCUCUGGGUCAUCACCUUUUCUACGAGGAGGCGCUGCAGAUGGCUGAAGAUGGCAAGAUCUCCUGCAGGGUGCUGCGGACUGAGAUGCUUGAGUGUUUUGGGGACAUCGAUUUCCUGGCCAAGUUGCACUGUGUGCGUCAGGCAUGUCAGCUCAUUUUGUGCGAUAGAACGACCCGGAUGUUUCUGGCCGACACAGGAAAGAAAAUACUCUCUUCCAUUAUCAUUAAAGGACAGAAGAGCCCAAAGAGAUUCGAGGAACUGUUUGAGGAGAUGAUUUCCUUCCUGGAGCACACGGAGCACUGGGAAAACACCGAAGUAGAGCUGGCGACACGAGGGGUGAAGCACUUGAACUUCUAUGAUAUAGUGCUGGACUACAUCCUGAUGGACUCAUUCGAGGACCUGGAGAAUCCACCGAUCUCCAUCCAGAACGUGAUCAACAACCGCUGGCUCAACAGCUCCUUCAAGGAGACCGCGGUGGCAUCAAGCUGUUGGUCAGUGAUGAAGCAGAAGAGACAGCACAUGAAGGUGUCGGACGGCUUCAUCGCUCAUUUCUAUGCUGUGUGUGAACAGAUCAGCCCCGUCCUGGCCUGGGGCUUCCUGGGGCCCAAGAGCUCCCUGCAUGACUUCUGCUGCUUCUUCAAGGAUCAGGUGCUGUACUUCCUAAAGGACAUUUUUGACCUGGACAAAGUGCGUUACUCUUCUGUGGAGAGUCUAGCAGAAGACAUGCUCCACCUGCUGCACCGGCGCUCUGAACUGUUGGUUGCCUACCUGGGAGCAGACUCCCUGCGGCAUGUCAACAGCUGCAGUUCCCCGCAGGUGCAGCUGGUGCCCAGCGCCCUGCUGGAGGCACAAGUGCAGUGAGAGACGGGGAACUUCUAUCCAGCCAUCCUGGGUCAUUAAAACACUACACAAAAGAAACUUUCAGCAUUUUACCUAGGGUGAGUUCACAGCAACUGUUGGACAUGGCUUUAUUUUUCACCCAUCACGCACUUUAAUGUUAAGCACUUUCACAGAGGUCUGACAUGCACAUCUCCCAUCAUGCUUUGUGUUCUUAUUGCUCUGUAUCCCAGGAUGAACUGUACCAGCUGUCUUGCCUUCAGACCUAAAUCAUUAUCUCCAGUGUGGCCUCUCCUCCCCCUUUUCACUAGGCCAUAGCAGUGCACGUUUGAUUUAAAAUAGAGCAAUAAAGUAUGUAAUUUAAACUCGCUGUAAGACAUUUUGCGUCACCUUGCAGUAGAUAUUUUGUGUAAAAUUGAGGCAUUUGGUGUUAAGCAAUUAAAGAAAAGGUAUUUUACAGUAUUUAUUUUUACUAUACCAUUAAAUGAUGCAGGAUUAUUUUUUUUAGUUCGAUGUGCCUGUAUGAAUCAAUGCAUUUGUGAUCAGCUUCAAACACAGUAGUAUGAAUACCAUUGUUGUAUAAUAAAGCAAUAUAUUGAAAUGCAUUUCCAUAUCAGCGAUGCAAAACUAUUAAAUGUACUGUGUUUUUAUUACUGUGUUGCGCAGAGAAAUCGCUUAACAAGGGUUUGACAUUAAGAGAAGAGGCACCAAUACUCAAACCUUUAUGCAACAUUUAAAUGAAGCCUAGCUCAUAAGGCCUACAAGGCCCUUAAACCCAUCAGUCAACUAUAGGAA